UAGAGAUAGGUUCUGGUUUGGUUAGGCUUGAUGCAUGGUGUAGUGGUUAUGCAUCAGAUGGGUUUGAGAUUUUUGAAGGGCAACCGUUCAAUUCACGCUGAAGUAAUUUCCUUAUUUGGGCUCUGUGGCACGUGCAUUGAUGGCCAUGUCACAUGGAGCGGCCAUGGCUACAGCCAGACGUUAUCAUGGAUUUUCUAUGGCUAGAGCCAUGGUUCAUUAUCCUAAAUCUUAGUGCUAUGGCUCGGGUCAUUCCAUCGAAGCUUCCUGUGCUUUCGUCCUUAGAAGCUC